AUUCGUAAGCUUUCACCAUUGGAGAGACAGAACACGAAUCGUGUGUGGUACUUGCCCAUAUUCCCUGUGUUCAAUCCGAACAAGCCUAGCAAGGUCAGAAUCGUUUGGGACGCGGCGGCAACUGUUGGUGAAACUUCUCUAAAUACUGUUUUGAUGAAAGGGCCAGACAUGCUGACAGCAUUGCCGUCUGUCUUAUAUAGGUUUCGUGAAAAACCAAUUGCUGUGUCUGGAGAUAUUGCAGAAAUGUUCUUGCGAAUACAGAUGAAUGAGGACGAUCAACAAUGUCAGCGCAUCCUGUGGUGCAAUCAAGACGGUACUGUUGGCGAUUAUGUUGUGACAGUGAUGACUUUUGGCGCCAAGUGCUCCCCGAGUUGCGCCCAAUUCGUCGUAAACGAAAACGCCGCCAAAUUCAAAUCGGACUUUCCGGAAGCAGUAGAAGUCAUCGAGAAGGGUCAUUAUGUAGACGAUAUGUUGGCAAGUGUCGACACAGAAGCGGAUGCCGUUAAGCUUGCGCAAGACAUACGCCACAUACACCAUGAGGGUGGUUUCAUCAUGAGAAACUGGAAAUCAAAUUCCGCAUGUGUUCUGCAAGCACUUGGUGAAGUAGGACCGACCGACAAAAAUCUGGACAUGGACAAGGAGAGCGUGUUGGAGAAAGUGCUUGGAAUGUGGUGGGACACCAAAACAGAUACCUUCCAGUACAGAAUAUGCACUGAUCGCAAUCAACAGCUACUUUCUGCUCAGAAACACCCAACGAAACGAGACGUUCUUCGUGUGUUGAUGUCAGUGUACGACCCACUUGGUCUGCUGGCCCACUAUAUGAUAUCUUUAAAGCUGUUGUUCCAAGAGAUCUGGCGAGAAGGUACGGCAUGGGAUGACCAAAUUGGCGAAAAACAGUUUGAAAAGUGGAAACAUUGGUUGAACUUACUUCCUGAAGCAGAAGCAGUUCGGAUUCCUAGGUGCUACAACAUAUCACCUUCGUUAGGCAUUGAGAGGACGGUAGAGCUGCAUACGUUCGUUGACGCUAGCGAAUUGGGUUACGCUGCGGUUUGCUACUUUCGCUUCGUUGAAGGCGACCAGAUAUCUUGCUCGUUGGUUGCCUCGAAGAGCAGAGUUGCUCCGAUUAAGUUUGUUUCCAUACCGCGCCUUGAACUCCAAGCGGCGGUGAUCGGUUGCCGUUUAGCAGCGAGUGUUGCACAAGGACACACCAUCAACAUUCAUCGUCGAUAUUUUUGGACAGACGCUCGCGAUGUCAUGUGCUGGAUUAAAUCGGACCAUCGGAAGUACUCCCAAUUCGUCGCAUUUCGUGUUGGUGAAAUUUUGGAAAUGUCUGAAGUGUCUGAAUGGCAAUGGCUACGAGGAAAGUUAAACGUUGCUGACGAAGGGACUAAAUGGGAUGAUCAGCCAAGUUUCAACACAAGCUGCCGGUGGUUCACGGGACCGUCUUUUCUAUGGAGAGCGCGAUCGGAGUGGCCAGUGGAAUCCAUCGAUGAAGGAGCUAAAGAAGGAACAACAGAAGAACUCCGGCCACGUUUGUUACAUCACUACGCCCCUGAAAAUGAAAAUAUUCUGGAAGCUAAAGACUACUCGAAAUGGACUCGCCUGCAGCGGAUUUCGGCCCUGGUCCUUAGGUUCGUUGCCAAUUUGAAGCGUAAGAUAAAAGGCGCUUCACUACUUAAAGGGCCGCUGACCAGCGAAGAGCUUCGUGAAGCGGAAAUUUAUCUUUUCAAGCGCACCCAGCAACAAUGUUAUGCGGAGGAGUUUGAAAUAUUAUCAGGCAAGGAUCGGUCAACAGAUAAACCGAUUUUACCUAAAAGCAGCUCGUUAUAUAAAUUGGGACCAAAUAUGGACAAGUCUGGGUUGAUGCGUAUUCAUAGUCGCAUUGAUCUUUGCAGUUUUUCUGUUGGGAACGAACACUUUCCCAUUGUUCUACCUCGCCGUCACGCGUUGACCAAACUAGUUCUACAGGACCUCCACGAAAAAUAUCACCACCUAUGUAACGAAACCUUCGUGAAUGAGGCAAGGAGAAAGUUCUACAUUCCGAAAAUUCGCGUGGAAUGUAACAGAAUCCGCAGAGAGUGUCAACAUUGUAAAAACCGCCUGGCCAAACCUUGCCCCCCGAUAAUGGCCGAUUUACCGAAAGAACGCCUGGCGGCCUAUAUUCGGCCUUUUUCGUAUUCAGGAGUCGACUAUUUCGGACCAUAUCAGGUGAACGUCAGACGGCGUCCGGAGAAACGCUGGGGAGUAUUAGUUACAUGUUUAACAACGAGGGCUAUACAUAUUGAAAUCGCACAUAGUCUCUCAACGGAUUCGUGCAUAAUGGCACUUCAAAAUUGUUUCGGCAGACGGGGAACUCCAAUACAAAUUAUUAGUGAUCGAGGAACUAAUUUCGUGGGCGCAUCGAAAGAGCUCAAAGAAGCUCUGGCUCAAAUUGACAGUCACAAGUUGGCGGCAGAAUUCACAACGUCGUCUACUUCGUGGAAAUUCAACCCCCCCGCAUCCCCUCAUAUGGGGGGCGCUUGGGAGCGUAUGAUCCAAACAAUCAAGAAGGUCCUAUCGGAGAUCAAUCCAAGACACACUCCCACCGAUGAGAUGCUGAGAAACCUGAUGAUAAAAAUAGAGAAUAUCGUAAAUAGCAGGCCAUUGACGCACGUGCCUAUUGACGAUGAGUCGUCACCAGCAUUGACGCCAAACCAUUUUUUGGUUGGGUCAUCUAACGGUUCAAAACCGCUCGUGCCUUACCAUGAUUGCUCUAUGGUUACACGACAGUCUUGGAAGACAUCUGAUGUUUUGGCGAACUAUUUUUGGAGACGAUGGGUCAACGAAUACACUCCUGAAAUUGCUCGUCGUACUAAAUGGUUCAGCCCUAGCAAGCCGAUUGCUGUAGGAGACGUGGUGAUUAUCGUGGAUCCUACAUUUCCAAGGAACUGUUGGCCCAAAGGAAAGAUACUUGAAGUUAAAACAUCAAAGGAUGGACAGGUACGUUCAGCCAAAGUGCAGACCACCUCAGGGAUCUACGAUCGACCGGCAGUGAAACUAGCUGUGUUGGACAUCGGGGCAAAUAGUAGUACAUCGAACCAGGGUCCAAGUACUGGGGGGGACUGUUGCGAAAGCCCCUCGUCGGUGAGUACACCUUUCAUCAACCGUGCCGGUGUCGUUUGAUAGAUGUGAUGGGCGAAGCUGUCAAUGCGAGCAGAAAGGUGAGAGGUGUAAAAGCUAUUGAUGUGUACCACGCGGAAAUCAACACUCUGUUAUUGUUAAGAUUACGAAGUUUCUUGAUGAAUUAUUGCCUUAAAAUUGCUAUUGAACUAUUAUUAGAGCUUUUGUUAAACUAUUAUUACGAUAAGAUCGAACCCUAGGUUAUGCCUGACAUUGAACUAUAGCGAUCACGAAUUAACUUGCGUCCUACCUACGUCAUAUAACAGGUAAAAUUGAACAAUCUACAACCCAAAAUAGGGUAUUUGUGUAACUAAUUUGUGUAACUAUUUGUAUAGAGCUGAAUCUUGUAGCUUUCGGCACGAUCCACAUCCCUGGCUCGAACCAGAAAAACCCCAUAAAACGUAAGAUACAUGCAGCAGCGAUUAACCACUGUACUAAUAGUUCACUUGAAUCCAUUUUAGGAAAUUUUAACGUAUCGUUAAUAAAUCGUUUAAAAUUCGGAAUACUGUGUUCAUCUCGUUGCGUGAGCA